ACUCCUCCUACCCUCCCUCCACUUUGGUUAUUAACUAAUUUAUAGUCUUCUCCAAAGAGCUGAAGAGCUGAGAUCCCAGAUGGCUAAUGCGAUGAAUGGCCGGAACCCUGGUGGCAGAGGAGGAAACCCCCGGAAAGGACGCAUACUGGGCAUUAUUGAUGCUAUUCAGGAUGCAGUUGGACCACCUAAACAAGCCGCAGCUGAUCGAAGGACUGUUGAGAAGACUUGGAAGCUCAUGGACAAAGUGGUGAGACUAUGCCAAAAUCCCAAACUCCAAUUAAAGAACAGUCCACCAUACAUACUUGAUAUUUUGCCUGACACGUAUCAACAUUUGCGACUUAUACUGAGCAAAUAUGAUGACAACCAGAAACUUGCACAACUCAGUGAAAAUGAGUAUUUUAAAAUCUACAUUGAUAGUCUGAUGAAAAAAUCAAAACGGGCCAUUAGACUCUUUAAAGAGGGCAAGGAAAGGAUGUAUGAGGAGCAAUCACAGGACAGGCGGAAUCUCACCAAGCUGUCCCUCAUUUUCAGUCACAUGUUGGCAGAAAUCAAGGCAAUUUUCCCAAAUGGACAGUUUCAGGGUGAUAACUUUCGUAUCACAAAAGCAGAUGCAGCUGAAUUCUGGAGAAAGUUUUUUGGAGACAAGACUAUCGUACCAUGGAAAGUAUUCAGGCAGUGUCUUCAUGAGGUUCAUCAAAUUAGCUCUGGCUUGGAAGCAAUGGCUCUAAAAUCAACGAUUGAUUUGACAUGCAAUGAUUACAUUUCAAUUUUUGAAUUUGAUAUUUUCACCAGGCUAUUUCAGCCUUGGGGUUCCAUCUUACGGAAUUGGAAUUUUUUAGCUGUGACACAUCCUGGUUACAUGGCAUUUCUAACAUAUGAUGAGGUCAAAGCUCGACUACAGAAAUAUAGCACUAAACCUGGAAGCUACAUUUUCAGGUUGAGUUGCACUAGACUAGGACAGUGGGCCAUUGGAUAUGUUACAGGAGAUGGUAACAUCUUACAGACCAUACCUCACAAUAAACCUUUAUUUCAAGCCCUGAUUGAUGGUAGCAGAGAAGGAUUCUAUCUCUAUCCUGAUGGACGGAGUUAUAAUCCUGACCUGACUGGAUUGUGUGAACCUACACCACAUGAUCACAUCAAAGUUACACAGGAACAAUAUGAAUUAUAUUGCGAAAUGGGCUCCACUUUCCAGCUCUGUAAAAUCUGUGCAGAAAAUGAUAAAGAUGUGAAGAUUGAGCCUUGUGGGCACCUGAUGUGUACUUCUUGUCUUACUGCAUGGCAGGAAUCAGAUGGUCAAGGCUGCCCUUUCUGUAGAUGUGAAAUAAAAGGAACGGAACCCAUCAUUGUGGAUCCUUUUGAUCCAAGAGAUGAGAGCUCCAGGUGCUGCAGCAUCAUCGAUACCUUCAGUAUGCCUAUGCUGGAUUUGGAUGAUGAUGAUGAUCGAGAAGAAUCUUUAAUGAUGAAUCGUUUGGCUUCUGUUCGAAAGUGCAAUGAAAGGCAGAAUUCACCAGUGACAUCACCUGGAUCUUCUCCUCUUGCACAGAGACGAAAGCCACUUCCAGAUCCUCUUCAGAUACCACAUCUGAGCCUUCCACCAGUACCUCCUCGCCUGGAUCUAAUUCAGAAAGGUGUAGUUCGUUCUCCAUGUGGGAGCCCAACUGGUUCACCAAAGUCUUCUCCAUGCAUGGUGAGAAAACAAGAUAAACCACUGCCAGCACCUCCACCUCCCUUACGAGAUCCUCCACCACCUCCACCUGAAAGACCCCCUCCCAUCCCACCAGACAACAGACUAAGUAGACAUUUCCACCAUCUGGAGAGUGUACCUUCUAGAGACCAGCCCAUGCCCCUUGAAGCCUGGUGCCCCAGGGAUGUGUUUGGCACAAAUCCUUUGCUUGGAUGUCGAAUCCUAGGGGAUGGCUCACCUAAACCUGGACUCACUGCUAGCUCGAACAUAAAUGGAAGGCACAGUCGAAUAGGCUCUGAUCAAGUACUUAUGAGAAAACACAGACGCCAUGAUUUGCCUUUAGAAGGAGCCAAGGUCUUUUCUAAUGGUCACCUGGGAAGUGAAGAAUAUGAUGUCCCUCCCCGACUUUCCCCUCCUCUUCCAACUACAUCCUUCCUCUCUAACCUAAAGUGUCCUAUUCCUUUAACAAAUAGUCUGUCAGAAAAAAUAAAAGAAAAUGUUGAGGAAGAGGAUGAUGACUACAAGAUUCCUUCAUCUCAUCCUGUAUCCCUGAGCUCACAACCACCUCAUUGUCAUAGUAUAAAACCUCCUAUACGGUCAUGUGAAAAUGGUCAAUGUAUAAUGAAUGGAAUACACAGUUCCUCAUCUGAGCUGAAGAAAUCAAACCCCCCUGAAUUAGGUAUAUAUAUAAAGGGAGAUGUUUUUGAUUCAGCUAUUGUUCCAGUGCCAAUACCACCUGCCAGACCUCCAUCCCGGGACAAUCCAAAGCAUGAUUCUUCACUCAACAGGACGCCCUCUGAUUAUGAUCUUCUCAUCCCACCAUUAGGUGAAGAUGCUUUUGAUGUCCUCCCCCCUUCCCUUCCACCACCCCCACCUCCUGCCAGGCUUAGUCUUAUUGAACAUACAAAACCUCCUGGCUCUGGGAGCCGGCCAUCCUCAGGACAUGACCUCUUUCUUCCUCCUUCAGAUCCCUUUUUUGAUCCAUCAAAUGGCUUAGUACCUAUGCCUCCUGCUCGAAGAUUAGCAAGUGAAAAUGUCAAAACGAAUAGGACAUCCCAAGACUAUGAUCAGCUUCCUUCAUCUUCAGAUGGUUCCCAAGCUCCUGCCAGACCCCCUAAGCCACGUCCCCGCAAGACUGCACCAGAAAUUCACCACCGAAAAGCCCACGGCCCUGAGGCAGCUUUGGAAAAUGUUGAUGCAAAAAUUGCAAAACUUAUGGGAGAGGGCUAUUCCUUUGAAGAGGUGAAAAGAGCACUGGAAAUAGCCCAGAACAAUGUUGAUGUGGCACGUAGCAUCCUAAGAGAAUUUGCAUUUCCUCCCCCUGUCUCUCCAAGGUUAAAUCUAUAGCAGCCUGGAUUCUGAAUCUCUUAAGAUAUAAAUCAACAAGAUAAGGAAUUCUGGGAAUGUGGAAGUGAGAGCAAAUGCAAGAUGGAUUUCAAAAGAGAAAGUUUUUCUCUCUUUUGCUUCCUUAGAAGAGAGCCUGGCUGGUGCAGCUUAUCAAAGGAAGACAGCUGCUGGACUGAAGAUGUCAAUGGGCUGCUUGCGGCUUACAAUAUUUUUGCUAGCCAUACUUUUAAAUCAGGGUUGAACUGACAAAAAAUAAUUUAAAGAAGUUUACUUCCCUUGAACUUUGAAUCUGUGAAAUGCUUUUCCUUGUUUACAAGUUGGCAAGUUACAGUUUUGUUUUGUUUAAUUUGCUAUCUGUACUGUGUUCCUGUACAUGACCCUUCCUUCAUAGAGUAGUCAGGUCUACUGUAGCAUUUGCCAGCAACUUACCUUGCAUCCAUAUCAUCAGCAGAAUCAUCAGGUUUUAUUUCAAUUUGAUUUUUCCCUCCACAUGCCCAUUUCUGAUUCUCUGAUUUAUGAGAUGUGUUAAUGGUUUUAAAAUUCAAUUUAGUGAACAAAUGCAAAAAAAAAAUGA